GUCCCUAACACCGUGGUCAAAUGGUGCAAGCAAAUCCAUAGAAAAGCCAUUGCCGACCAUGGAUUGAAUGCCUUAGCCGAGCCAAGCUAAUAUUUUCGUGUUUGUUUCACGUGCGCUAGUGCGGGCUUGAUGUCUUCUAUUACGGAUGAUUAAAAGCGGUAAUGCAAUAAUUAGACAAAUGUGGAAGUAGCGACAGAACCCUCUAAUCGGUUCCUAUUUUGUGCAAGAACAUUUCAUUGGAAGGACGGCGUUUGAAUGGUUGAGUGAGCCAAUUGUUUUGACUGUUAAGUAGGCAGGUUCAAAGUAAAGAUGACUGACGACGUAUCAGAUGAUUCUAGCGACUUGGAUGCUGGCAUUCCAGCUCACACAAUUAAAUAUUUUCCUCGUAGCGGUCGUCAGAAAGGACCAAGUAAUUUGGCUCUCAAACGGGCCAACCUCAUGUUCACGAUGGAAAAUGAACGCUACCGCACGAAGUGCCGUAAGCUUGAGCGUUUUAUGAAGGAUUUGGUCAUAGAGAGCGCAGCACUCUGCGACCAAGUGGCACGCGUGCAAGAGUCAAUCUUUGUGGCCAAAGAAGAGCGGCGUUUCCUCCUGAAGAAGUUCCUCCAGUACCGUCAGCAACGGGAUGGACCCGUUGAAACAGUGCGGCCAGCACCCGUCAGCGCUCCAGCGCAGGCGGGUGGUUCGACACCGCCGUCCACACCAGCACUCGGCGGUGUUUUGGACAGCACCGACAAGGCGCAGGCGAAGGCUUCAAAAAAGGUCCUUAAGCGACGUAACACUAAGGAGGGGCUUACCGAGGAAGCACCGCGGCCUAAACGAAGAAAGCCGGCAGGAGCAGACAAGCGACUAGUAGCACCUAUCCCACUGGACUCAUGCGGUCGACCCUUGUUUCCUAUUGUGUUGCCUGGUUGCAAAGUGCAUAGCCUUGGGGAGAUUGUCACUGACAGAGCUGGAUUCCACUGCCAGGAGAGCCUGUACCCUGUUGGCUACUGUAGCUCCCGGAUUUACGCAAGCGUUCUGAAUGCCAAUCAUGCCUGCAUCUACACAUGCACCAUUCUGGAUGCUGGCACUGGACCUCGGGUAUGCUUAUGCUUGUAGUCUGUAAAUUCAGCUUGUAUUUCUCACAACAAUUGUGAACUUCUUCUGUUUUUUCUUUAAAAAGGGAUUUUUAGUUUUCAUGUCAGUAUUUCUUUUCAUAAUAACACAUAUAUAUAUAUAUAUAUUCCCCUUGUAGUCACUAUAAGAAUUUGCAUAUGUAGUGACAAGAAUGCUUAUUACAUGCCCUGAUCAUUUUUACACAUUUUGGACUGCUGAGGCCCAUGGGCCAAGUGAAACAAGAGUUGCAAACUGUAGCUCAGUAACAAUAAAAUUAAAUUGUGGCGUUUUAUGUUCCAAAACCACAAUAUGAUUAUGAGGCUGCUAAGUAGCAAGACGAACCUGGCUUAUUUUGGAUUUUAUGCUAAAAUGGAAAAAGCUGUCAUAUACAAAAAGAUCUUUUGUGUGUUGGGGAGAGAGAGAAACGAAGUAGGAAAGGUAGCGAGGUUAACCAAGGAUGUGCCCGGUUGGCUACCCUAAACUUGGGGAGUCAAGUUAUAGUAAAUGAGAAGAAAAAAAUGGCCCUAAGGUUGAGCCCUGUGGUACUGUGAAGGUAUGUGAUGAGAAUUAAUUACAAACACAUAUUUGUACAUGUUUGUCUGCUUGCUUAACCUUGGAUUUGAAAACUAUAUGUGACCUAGUUUUAUCGGUGUUUUUGGCUUUAGCUGAACAUGCAUUGUAACUAAACGUGUAACAUUGAUAUGCA